CGGCCUUCCGAGGGGUUGCGCCAAAGGACGGUAGCGGCUCGGCGGGCGGCGCCGCCCGGCGGGUGUGCCCGGCUCAGGCGCCGGCAAUGCCUGCCUGCCGGGCCCCUCGGCGGCGGCGGCGGCUCCCGGGCUGAGCCGCGGUCCGGGCCCGUCCGCGCCUUCCCCGCCUCCGCGGGGGUCCUGGCCUGCCCCCCGGCCCCCCCCCGGCCGGGGAUGAGGCGGUGCGGCCGUGGCACAAAGGCUCCCCCGGGGCUGCCCGUUGCCUAGCGCGGCCCAGCGCCCCCGGCCCCCCCGCCGCCUUCUCGCCGCCUCAGCGGUCCCCGCAGCCCCUCGCUGGGGCCGGGACGGCGGAUCUCGCCUCCCCACUCGCCGCCUGCAGCCCCGCGGGAGGAUGUCGGAGGAUCAGGAGAUGGACAAGAUGAUCAAGGAAACCUCCAUUUUAGAGGAGUACAACAUAAACUGGACUCAGAAGCUGGGAGCUGGGAUCAGUGGUCCUGUUAGAGUCUGCGUGAAAAAAUCCUCUCAAGAACGCUUUGCACUGAAAAUUCUGCUUGAUCGUCCAAAAGCUAGAAAUGAGGUACGUCUGCACAUGAUGUGUGCAACACAUCCCAAUAUUGUUCAGAUCAUCGAAGUCUAUGCUAACAGUGUGCAGUUCCCACAUGAAUCCAGCCCAAGGGCUCGGCUCCUAAUUGUAAUGGAGAUGAUGGAAGGGGGAGAGCUAUUUCACAGAAUCAGCCAGCACCGGCACUUUACUGAGAAGCAAGCAAGCCAAGUAACAAAGCAGAUAGCUUUGGCUUUGCAGCAUUGCCACUCACUCAACAUUGCACAUCGAGACCUCAAGCCUGAGAAUCUUCUCUUCAAGGAUAACUCUCUGGAUGCACCUGUUAAAUUGUGUGACUUUGGAUUUGCCAAAGUAGACCAAGGUGACUUGAUGACACCACAGUUCACUCCAUAUUAUGUUGCACCUCAGGUAUUGGAGGCACAAAGACGGCAUCAGAAAGAAAAAUCUGGCAUUAUCCCCACCUCUCCAACACCUUACACCUACAACAAGAGCUGUGACUUGUGGUCCCUGGGUGUCAUUAUUUACGUGAUGCUGUGUGGAUACCCUCCCUUCUACUCCAAGCACCACAGUCGGACAAUUCCGAAGGACAUGAGGAAGAAGAUCAUGACAGGAAGUUUUGAGUUCCCGGAGGAAGAGUGGAGCCAGAUCUCAGAAAUGGCCAAAGACAUCGUGCGAAAGCUGCUGAAGGUCAAACCUGAGGAACGUCUGACCAUCGAAGGUGUGCUGGACCAUCCCUGGCUCAACUCCACUGAAGCACUUGAUAACAUCCUCCCCUCUGCCCAGCUGAUGAUGGACAAGGCAGUGGUUGCAGGGAUACAACAGGCUCAUGCAGAGCAACUUGCCAACAUGAGAAUCCAAGACCUCAAAGUCAGCCUGAAACCCCUUCACUCCGUCAACAACCCAAUCCUGCGCAAAAGGAAACUGCUGGGCACGAAGCCAAAGGAUGGUGUUUAUAUCCAUGACCCUGAGAAUGGCAGUAACGAUUCCAACGUGGCUCUGGAAAAACUGAGAGAUGUGAUUGCUCAGUGCAUUCUACCACAGGCUGGUAAAGGAGAGAAUGAAGAUGAGAAGCUGAAUGAAGUGAUGCAGGAGGCAUGGAAGUAUAACCGGGAGUGUAAGUUGCUGCGAGACACUCUUCAGAGCUUCAGCUGGAAUGGCAGAGGAUUCACAGAUAAAGUGGAUCGACUAAAACUGGCAGAAAUAGUAAAACAAGUCAUUGAAGAGCAGACAAACUCCCAUGACUCUCAAUAGCUGGAGCUUCUUAAUCUAAUUUUUUUUAUCAUUUAAGAUUUAUUCUUUAACUGUAAAAAGUAUUUUUAUGUAAAUUAAUAAAUCAUAAUUAUUUCAUUAAAUUUCCAUACUGCUUGAAAAUGCUGUAUAGUUGUAGAUAUGAAAAAAAAAUCAUUGGUACUGUAAUAUUUUUUUAAAACUCAGUUCCUUGAGGUAUAUAUGAUCACUUAUGUACUGUUAAUCAUGAGCCCCUUGGAUGGGGCAAAUUUAUCUUGUUAAAGACCAUUCUUUCCUUAACAACCAGUUGCAGAAGCUGCCUUCCAUCUGCAAUAGAUACAGCCAGCUGCAAUGACUGUGUAUGUGAACAAGACAGCCACAGUUUCUCAACACCCUGCUCAGUAAGUACUUGAAGCAAGUGCUGUGAGACACAAACUUCAGAGCUACCCUUUAUGACUAAAUUUUGAGUCUUUAUGUAGAGGCAACUAAAUAACUUCUUGGUUGGCUGGGUGACCCCAGAGGCACACUUGGCCUUGCUGAGGACACCCAAGUCCAUCUGCUUGCUGUGUUCUUCAGUUCUGAUCAGUAGCCCUCUUUUUUGUCUUCUUCCCCAUCUUCCUCAGACCUUUUUUAUGGCUGAGUUGGCCAUUCAGCAUAAGACUCCUCAUUUUAUCCUAUUGUUUGACAGCAGAAUAGAGGAAUGUUCUAGUUACUUCUGUUCCAGUUAUUUCUGUGUUCAUGGUGGGAUCUUGCACAGUAAGUGUGGGGUUCAUUUGCUUCAUCCCCAGCCCAGCAGUUGUGUCUGUUCCAGCCAUCUACUCCAUUCUUUCCUUUCUAGAAGAUCCAACACUUAGUUUCCACCUUGUCCUCUUGUUUAAAAGAGCUCAUCCUGGCAGGGGUCAUAGUGCUGCUGUGUGAAUCCACCAGUGAUCCCUCUCUUGUGUCACCCUCUGGAGUCCAAGCUCCUCGUCUCUUCGAUGCCUUUGAGCUCCUCCUGAGGGAGCAACAGAUGCAGGGCUGCUCCUUGACACAAUGUCCUUAUGCUGCCUGGACCAUGAGGCUGCCCAGGGCAGAUUCUUACACUAGUCUGGAACAUUGGCUCCAAAAGCUGCUUUUUUAAAUUUUAAUUAAACAAACAAAUGAAAAAAAAUCUGUACAUAUUUCUAGUUUUCUACCUUCUGAUGCUUUUCUUUCUUUCGAGACUGGUCGAAGGCUUUUUAUAGAGAUAUUUUGGUACUAAACCUGUGCAGACAUUGAAAGGUUUGGUCUGCAGACUGAAGUGCCAAUUCAGGGCUAUUAGUAAUGACUCUUGAACAUUACUGGUAUAUUUCAUAGCUCAUUAAUUUUGGGUUUACGUUUACAAACCUGAGCCAUGAGUCUCUCAAGUUACUCUUAUGGCAGUCCUGCCUUGUUCUUUUUUGUCUGUUUUCUGUACCAGACUUCCUUGCAACCUACAGCUUGAUGGCAAACCAAUGUCUGACUCUUUCUAUGGAAUUUUGUAAACAGUGACUUAGUUUUUCUACAUGGAGAUGCUUCAUUUCCUUUUCUUCAUCAGCACCUGGUCAGCUUUUUUCCAGUCCCGUUGGCAGUUUACCAAUGCCUGAUCUGUUGCUGAGUCCCUACUUAGCCAUCACUUUCCCUGAUGGAAACAGGGAGUUUCUGUGUAAGCUGGAAUUGUACCUCUUGACACUACAUGGAAUAUUGUGCACUGACAGGUGUCGAUGACAAGGGUAGAGAUUUAGCCAGAGACAAGAGUAUUUGUCAUUUCUUGGUACUAUCAGCAAGUUUGCAGGCCCUAUUAUAUGCAUUUUUGUCCUUGAUCUAAAUUCUAGGUCGUCACCAUCCACACAAUCUCUGCAUGUAACAGAUAAUUACCUUUUAAACUUGAAAUACAUGGAUUCUUUUGUGAGAAAUCUCAUUGUUUUGGAAUUUCUAAGAGUGGCAAAUAGAGAAAUAAACAACGAAAUCACCUUUGUUUGAAUGGGAGGGCAAAAAAUGCCUCACAAAAGCACUUUGCUUUCCAAGGAGGAAAAUCCUCAAGCAGUUUGUUGGGAGCCAGAACUUCUUAGCAAGAAAGUGGAUCAGAUGAUAGCUGCUUUUGUGGGGAGUGCAGAGUGCAGUCAGCAGAGACACUGCCGGGCAGCAGCCAGAUAGGCAGGGUGUGACAUGCUGGGACCUGUUGGUUUGUUUUUGUUUUUCCUUUGGUAGGUUCUCUGGUGUUAAAGAUGACAGUAGUGAGGGUUGUGUGUUGUGUAAUGAGUUGUAGGAAGCAGCUUCAGCCUGGUUCUGCAGUGCCAGUGUGUGAGGGACAGUGGGAGCACCUUGGGCUGCUCCUUGUCAUGCGGGCUGCUCCUUGUCAUGCAGGCUGCUCAGAAAUGAGCAGAGGAGAUGGGAUCUGUCUGUGCAUCAGGGGGUCCAUCCUCUAUUCAUCCUCCCUUAACUUGUACCAGAAUCAUUUCAAGCUGUCACUGGUGGUGAGGUGGGUACAUCUGUGAAGUGUUUGGUGUGUGGAGAGAAGUCAAAUUUCUAAGGGCUUUUGUGAUAUGGAUUUACUAUAGAUUUUAUUGUCUGUGAGAAAUGAGAACAGCCUGAUCUAAAACAGAGGUAGGGAGGGACAGACUGAGAAAACACAAUUUGAAGAUACAAGGUCAAAUGGUUUUGUUUCUGUGAGAAAGUUGAUUAUUUUACUCUUUUAAAAGUCAUGUUUCAAAUUUCAAUAAUACACUUUAAUGGAUUAAUUUCGAUAUUUUAAAGUAGUAUUUUACUAUCUCCUUCCUGUGUUUUUUUAUUUUUCAGUUGACAUAAAUGCAAGAUACCUUGUCUUGAUUAUAUAAGGUUUUGCUUGGUAAUAAAUCUACUGAUCCUUUCUAGUAGACUGUGAAUAUUGUAAAUAUCUUGAGAUGGAAGGGUUGUGUGGGAUCAAAGAGGACAUUCUUUGUUGAAACACUAAGGAUACGGGAAAGCUCUGUAGGUUUGGCUUAUUUUAUUUUAUUUUAUUUUAUUUUAUUUAAGAGAAAAAUCUCUGAAAUCAUUUGACCUUUCCAAAAUGUUAUGUAUAUCUGACUUCUCCUGUGACUUAAUUAUUUUAAGCUGUCUGUAUUAAAAAGUUAGAAGAACUUGAGUAGGCAAAAAAGGUUUUUAUUUGAAAUAGCAACAUGUCAGUGUUUUGCUGUCAUCACUUCAGGUUUUUCUUUUGGAAAUCUGUCUGUCCUCAUGCCAUGUUUAACUUCUGUGUAUGAAAAUGUUUUCAUUUUUCCUUUUCAGUGUUACCUGUACUAUGUUAGUUUGUUUUGGAUCAGUAUUAUAUUGUAAAUAUUAUGCAUUGGUGUAUAUAAAUGAUUUUACUAAACUUAAA